ACAGAGCCAGGGGGUCCUCCUUUAUCUGCUGAAUCCUCGUACAACGCCAACACGUUUAUAGCUGCUCUCAUCAGAGGUGACAAAUAAGAGCAGAUCCUGCUUCGAGCUGAGAAACAUCCGCGCGGGACUUGGGGCGUAACCAGAAAACAUGAGAAACGGCGUUUGCAGCGCCAUCCUGCUGGCGAUAAGCCUCGCCUUCUGCCCAACCACGAACGGACAGUAUUUUCUCGGCUGUCCUCCCGUGGAUGACGUCAACGACGCAGCCACGAUACUGCCCAAUCCUUUCAACUGCUCGACGUUUUACAUUUGUGCGCAGGGCACGCCUCUACUGUUCGUUUGCCCAGGUCGUUUGCAAUACAAUUAUGAACUUCAAGUCUGUGACUAUCCGGAACGAGCCAAUUGUUUCGAACUCCAGCAGUACCCUGAACAAGUGACAACAUAUCUCCCUGUCGCUGCGCCUGAAGCUAGUCAUGUGCAUGUGGAGGAAAAUCCAGAACCAGAGGACAAAGCAGCUCCUCAGCCUACACAAGUGCCAGAAGAGAUCACUCCAGAAUCCCAAACAAAGCAACCUAAGGCAGCAGUAGAGUUCCAAUUGCAUUCCACGCAUGUGCCAUCUGAGUGGCUAGAUACUCCAAUACAAGCACGUUCCAAUGACAAAGGUGUCAAAGCAGGGACGGGGCCUGCUGAGUCACUCGGUACACCACAGCCACAGCCUUUCCAAGAAGAAGAUCAAAAACGUGAUGACAACGGAAGUGCCUUAGCAUCAAUGGAUGAGACACCUACAGCCUCCGCACUCCAGCCACAACCGACAGAAAAUCCAACCGAACAGGAGCCACAAGAAAACGUUGCGUCAUCUGUGCCUACGGACGGCCAAAAUCUCCUCAUAGUGUCUGCACCUGACUCGCAGCAGAAGCCUUCGCGACAGAAGACUGAACUUAAACGUGAUCCAGAAGCAAGUGAAGAUGCUACUCAACUUUAUCAAGAACUAGAGCCCACUAGUGAAGCAAAUGCGAUCGUAACUGCUUUGAAGCCACAGUCAGAGAAAACGCCCGCUGUGAUAAAAGAGAAUGCACACAUUGUUAUUGACCAAGUGGAAACUGGAGGCGAGCAAGAACGACCGUUGUCUCACACAUCCCCUUCUCAAACGCCCGAGCCACUUCCCACAGAUGAACAAGUAGCACCAGAACCAGCGCUGCCAUCAGAUGACAUUCAAUCCCAGUUAACCGACGCUCAACGCGUGGAACUAAAACAUACAAAUCAACAAGAAGAACAUGAGUUACAAUCUUCAAAUCAAAAGUCUGAAGCCGUUGAUGACACGACACAAGCAGAAUUGCAGCAAACUGUGUGGAAGGCACCAGAGUCAUCGGCAACCGAACCAGAGCCUACUGCCGCAACAGUAAAGUUCGAGUCGGAGGACACGGAGGAGCUCGCCGAAUCCUCGCGUCAGCUUUCUGAGAUUGUAGAGGAGCAACAAUCCUCACGUGACAUAACAAAGUUGGAUUCUGUGACCGUUGCGGCAUCUGGGAUAGAACCGGCAACUUCUGAAAAACCUCUGGAAGGUCCAUAUGAACUUACAGAAAAGCCUCAUGAGCCAGAAAAAACAGAAGAAGAACCGAAACUUGAGCCUCAGACAAAACAGGUGGCAGUUGAAUUAGAACCAGCAGCCACAGAGCAUGCAAUAACACUGGCACCGGACCAAAGUGAAACCCAAGCGCAGCUGGAGCUCACGCAGCAAUCUGAAUUAAGCCUCAAUGAAGAUACACCAAAAAUCGCUGAUGAUGCUUCCAACACAGAAGAAUCUGUCACAGAGCUUGGCCAGCCUGAACCAAAGCCAACACCAAAAUCAGCCGAGAUCCAGGCACAGACUACAGAACAAGCUAAGGAGCCGAAAUCAGCGCCGGGGAUGGAACCCCUUGAAUCAGAAUCAACAGAAACGGCUGUAGAGCAGGUGGUUUUAGCAAAUGAUCUUUCAUCAGAAUCGGGGUCAGAACCUCGAGUGCAACUCGAUGAUACACUUGAGACAAUCGAUCAUCCAAGGACAGCCCUGACGGAAAACCCUGUUCACACGAAGCCCUUGUCAACUGCCUCAAAUGAUGAGGCUGAUAAAGAAGGCAUGGAAGAGAUCGCAGUUAAGUCUGCAGUUACAGAAGCAGAUUCUGCGCCUUUUAAAAACAAAGUAUACAUUACUACUAUAAAACCUGAAUCUGAGCGUGAUCAGCAAGAUGAUUCAAGUGCCAUCGGAUCAAGUACUCUAGGGGAGAAUACAGCUUCACAGCCAAGCGAUGCAUUUGCUGCGGGAUCCGAAACAUUAGCUACUACCAAUGCGGCAGAGCGUGUUCCUGGAGUUUCCGAGUCAACGCCUAAAAGCUCCGCCAGACUCUUAAUUGAUGACAGCGUGUCAAACGUGGACAACCCUAAAGGGGAAACGGAACAGCCUCCACAAAUCGAUGAUGUAGAUGCAGCGUACGAAGAAAAAAUACGAAGUGAUGCUGUAGAGAUCGACUACUAUAGUUGAAUGCUAAAGCGCAGCACAGCUUGUAUGACGCAGGUUAACAGAAACGACCUAUUUCAUGCGUCUUCUACUUUUUACCGUUUUACCUCAAUCUUAUUUAUUUAAGAAGGGACAAUAUUAAACUCGAAAAAAGUGUACAUUGAGUUGCUUUGAUGGUAGAAUGUGUAUGCGUUGAAUAAAGGCUUAUCAGUCGAAUAGAAAGAGAAAAAGAAAUUUUUCUCGCCGAAA